CAGCAUAGCUCACAGCAACGCUUGAUUCUUAACCCACUGAGAAAGGCCAGGAAUUGAACCUGCAUCAUCAUGGAUGAUAGAUUCAUUUCCACUGAGCCAAGAUGAAAACUCCUUACUGUUGAGAUUUUUAUUGAAGAAAACUUUUCUGUGUGUUUGUUGUAUUCGAUUCUCAGGCUCAGUUUUAAAAUAAUGUAUUAAUAGAGAUGUGUUGUCCUUGCCUUAUGGAAACUGCUGCCAUUUCACUCUAUGACCUCUCAGACUCACCCAAGCUAGGAAAUCCUGCCCAGUUCCUUCACUGUUCUCUGUUACACAGUGGGAUAUAAUAGAAAGUGAGUUAUUAGAAUCUUAAAACAAACAAUUAACCAGUUUUUCAGUUGCCUAGAGGAAUGAUUUGUGCUCGACAAGUAUUAAAGCACACUGAUUCAAUUUAGGUUAUUAUUUUUAUGGUUCCCAAAGAGAUAUAGACUGGAAUUUUAUGUAUCUGCAUGGCUAAAUUAUUGAUUAGCUUAUAUCACUCUGCAUUAAAAAAAAACAGAAUGUAUCUGUAGAUAGAUAAGAGAAGAGAGAAAAGAGCAAAUGAUUUAUUAAGCAUGAGUUUAUGUUAUACCUGUGACAGUUUUACAGGUCUCCUGACUCCCCAGUCUCUCAAGUUCAUUGUUCUUUCUAAAACAUCAGGACUGGCAAGUUUGUGUUCUGUGUUUAGAAAUGCAGGAAGAAUUUGGGGUUAAUAGAUGGAAAAAUAUCACCUUUGGAAUGUAGAAGCAAUGGGAUCCUGCUGUAUGGCACUGGGAACUAUGCCUGGUCACUUGUGACAGAGCAUGAUAAUGUGAGAAAAAAAGAAUGUAUACAUGUAUAUGUGACUGGGUCACCUUGCUAUGCAGCAGAAAACUGACAGAACACUGUAAAUCAGCUAUAAUGGAAAAAAUAAAAAUCAUUAUAAGAAAAAAGAAAUUCAGGAAGAUUAGAUUUAAAACUGUGAUUUCAUACUGAAAGCCCACUGAGGGCAUAAACUGGAUCACCACCUUUUGGAUGUGGGGGUGGAUCUCCACAUUUUUGUCUCUAGCAUAUAACCUGAUACCUCAUAAAUGUUUGAUGAAUUAAUAAAGUAAGAGCAAAUGAAUUGUUUGUAUAAUUGUAGCUGAAUUGUUUGUAUAAUUACCAUUCUUUUACUGUCUCUACUCAGUAAACCCUCAUUGGUUGUCAAGCAGUGUGAAGAAAAUUAUCCCUUCUAAUGCCACAGAAAAAAUUAGAAAUACUGAUGUCUUGCCUUAACAGGCUCAUUGAUCAGAAGAGGGCCCUAGAGGUCAUCUAAUCCAGUGUCUUAAUUAUACAGAUAAGAAAAACACGGCUCAUGGAAAUGAGGCAUAUUGUGCUGAAGUCACAGAAGGUAGAAUUCAAGGCCAGGCCUCUGACUGUCCUUUCCACAGUGAUGCACAAAUUUUCCUUCCUCAAUAAGUGGAAUUAUUUGGUGUUUUUUAAUAAUUAACUUUAUUGAGUGUUUUCCCACCUCUUCUCCUCACUUCCACGUCAGCUGGAUAUGAUGUUCCCUUUACAACAGAUGAACCUACAGACAUUAUUCCACGAAGCUGCCAACUAACAACAGAUGUUCCACAAGUCACACAGCUGCUUAACAUGACUAAACUCCGCCAAACUGAAAUAAAAUUUGGAGGUCAUCUGCUAAAUUCAGCAGAAUCAGAUCAGUUCAUUAGCAGAGGAACACGUCGCACACGGAACAGUAAAAAUCAAGAUGUUUGUCAUAUUGCCUUUGGAUCCAAAGUUCUUGGGCCACCUCCACUCUCUGGCAGAAGAACUAACAUGAGGAUAUCCAGUGAGACAGUAAGAUCCAUUGGGUCCAGAAAUAACCAAUCAUGCCAGCAGUCUACAGUAGAGAAGUGUGUUAACAAUACAGAAAUGUCAACCUUGCUGUUAUCUGAGUCUGAGGAGCAAGGAGAUAAAGAAAAUAUUCGCCAAAUAAAGCAAGCUGUACCUAUUCAUGCCAAUCUGCAUAUUAUACAUCCACAUCCCCCUCAAGAACCAUCAGCAGAUAAGAAUAAUAACAGGAGAAGAUUACGGUUAAAAAGCACCAGCAGAGAAAGGACAGAGACACCCAGCGGCAAUUCUUUAGGAACUAACAGGAAUGAACCCAAAGCAACAACUGUCCUCCCAGCUGUCCACCAACAGAGAGCAGAGACAUUGAACACCAGCUCUCCAGACCCCCAGUCUCCUGAUCAAGCAGUGUCAGAUGAAUGGAUAUUUCCUGAAAAUGAUGAUCACAUUCCCCAUUUGGUGUCCAGCACACAGUCUCUACUUCUGGAUGAAGACUCCUGCCACUCCUCCCAUCUGUGGCUGGAAGCCAGCAAGGAAAGUGAACAUGACCAACAGGCAGAGGAAACCCAGAUUUUUCCAAAGGAUAUUUUCACUUUUUCAUCAAGACCACGAUCAGCACCUCAUGGAAAGACACAGAAUAUGUCCCCAGAGGGAUGCCCAUUUAUUUUGGAUCUAAAAAAGGAUACCAGUGUGACAAUGGGAGACACCCAGUUGGAAGAUGACUUUUAUGGUGGUGACAGCAGCGAAGAGGGUAACCACGGUGUCCAGGGUUCUCCAGCCCCAGCAACUAGUCCUCCAGGCUUAACUCAGUUAUUAGAGAGCAUGCUGGGGAAGGCUGCAAAGUGGACAAGUAAAGGAUAUCAAAAAAGUGCCAACGCUGAAGCAGGAGCAUCAGAAAGCCAGAAUUCCUUGAUGGAGCAGAUAGAUAAAAGAGACUUUGAAAUGAGUUUGGUGCCUACACCAUGCCUUUCUCCCCCUGGAAUAAGGAGUGAAUCUUCUCCAGAAAUUCCAGAUCCUAUUAUCAAGGCAAAGGACCUACUAGCCCAUCAAGUGUCAGCUUCACUAUACAAAAUCUCUGGAAAGGAAAUUUCAGGGGAGAUGUUGAAACCGAUUCCUGAAGUGUCUGAAUAUGACUGGAGAAACUAUCAACCCAACCCAAUGAGUGAAUCCGAGUUGCAGAUGCUGGCAAGCCUACGGCGGCAACAGAAUGAAGAACUGGAGGACACUGGGGCUUCCCAUGGCCUGAGUGCAUCCCAGGUUGACAACUGUAAUGUCAGCAUAAGUACCAGCAGUGACGACACAACCACUUGGAACUCCUGCCUGCCACCCCCUGUCAACCAGGGUCGCCACUAUCAGAAGGAAAUGAAUCCACCUUCUCCUUCUAACCCCCGGGACUGGUUAAAUAUGCUGAGCCCACCAAUUGUUCCUCCCAGUCACCAGCCAGCAGAGCAGCAUCAGGAUUCUUCUGGAAGCUUGAGUGCUCAAGGUGAAGAAGACCUGAGUGUGGAAGAGGACGAGGAAGUGCUGACUCUGCUGUAUGACCCAUGUCUGAACUGUUACUUUGACCCCCAGACUGGGAAAUAUUACGAGUUGGUAUAAAGCUUCCUUCCUUCCAGGGCAGAGAAUGGCCACCCCAAUGGAGCAGGAUAGUGGUUCUGACUGCAUGUGUUAGAUAGGCCCAUGGAACCAAAAGUAUCUAAGAGAAAUGGAGUUAGUUUGUACAUAAUGUUCAAUGUUAAGACUACCUACAUUCUUUUAGUAGAUGCCUGUGAUUUUUUAGAACUGUGAAGGAAAUAAUACAGAGACAAGAAUUUAGGAUUUGAAUUGGUUCUCAUUUGUUGGUUCCCAUCCUACAUAGAAUUUCGUAUGAUUUUGUGUAAACAAAUUAAGAGUUAUUAAUUCAAAAUUUUUGCAGUGUUAAUCAGUAAAUGAUGGCUUGAUAUUCAGAAAAUGUAUUCUUGUUUAGCAAAUACCUGGGAACCUUUUAUUACCUAUUUGUAUUAAAAAUAAAGUGUGAUGGU